GCACGAGUAGGUGCAUUGAGUUCUGUUCAGGGGCGCCCCCUCUGCUCUGGUCCGUUCUAUUAUAUCAAACACAUCACUCUCACGGUCUCGCCGCCCACCUGCCCAAAACUCCCAUUUCCCCCACCGCCCCCAUCGCUGCUAGCUCCGCUGGUGAUCCUCAAUCGUCAGCUGGACAUCUUCUUCCAGCUGAGCAGGCUCUUCGCUGCCCUGAAAAGAUGGGGAACGCAGCUGGUCGUCCUGUGCCCGGAGCGACAGUGAAGGCGGAGGACGGCAUGGUUCGUCUUCGAGUUGGACGCCUGCACUCUGAAUCCUCCUACAGCACCUUUCGCUUCAGGGUGAAGGAUGACGAGCUGCCCUGGAUGAGGAUUCCGGGCGGAUGGGAAGAGCAGAUGAAGGGGCCGUGCCCCAGGAGAAUCAAGCUCUGGACUUGGGAGGGCGUGUGGUCAGUCCGGAUGGAUAAGCGGGAUGGGCAUGAUGCAAAGUACCUGAUGGACGGGUGGGACGACUUCGUCGACGCUCAUGGCGUGGAAGCAGACGACCUGCUAACCUUCCAGAUCGUGGAGCCUGACGGCUGGUAUGUUCGAAUCUACGCUCCCUGUGGCAAGGAGAGGCCGAUUGGACGACUGCUGCUCUAGCCAGCGCAUCCGCCCACGAUGAUUCGCCGGGAUGCUAGUAUCGUAGACUGUCGUAGUAUGCUAUGUUCUCGUAUGUGAUGCCUCGUGCUUUACUGUUUUAUGUUCUGGUAUGAUCUUUGCUGUCCUAGUAGGCUCUGUUCUUUGCUGCCAGGUUAUCAAGUUACUUAUUCCGUGUUGAUCUAUGUAACAGAACUAUGAUCCGGAAACAUUUUUCAGAUUUUAUGUGUUUCCUUUCAAUAUUAA